GGAACUGAAAAUAAAAAAUAAACCCUAAAGCAACAAAAACUCAGUUACUAUCAGAACAAGCAAGCGUCACACUGAACUCAACUCGCCGGGAAACGCAACCGGAGUAGGUCAUCGGCCGCCACAAAAAGAGAUAAAAGUGGUGAAUUUGUAUUUGAAUCUGAAUUUGAAUCCGAAUGGGUUAUCUUCAAUUUGGAAGACACAGUGUUAAGCAGAUUAUUAGAUUUAAAGAUGCGGUUAAUGACAGUGUUGUGGUGAAUCCACUUUUGUAUGCUUCUCAAGGAUUGAGAUACAACAGGAAGCUUCAAGUCAUCCUUACUACUGACAUAGAUAAGCUGGGAAAGGCUGGUGAAACUGUCAAAGUUGCCCCUGGAUAUUUUCGCAACCAUCUAAUGCCCAAGCUCCUUGCUGUUCCUAACAUUGAUAAGUUUGCUUAUCUCCUCACCGAGCAGCGCAAGAUUUAUCAACCUAUUGAAGAAGUGAAACAAGAAGAUGUUGUUAUUGUUACUGAGUCAAAAGAAGAUAUGAUGAAAGAGUUUGAAAAGGCAGCACUGCGUCUUGAUAAAGCUAAGCUGGUAUUGCGGAGGUUAAUUGAUGUUCAAAAAGCGAAGGCUCGUGAAUCAAAAGGCGACCCCUUGGAGUUACGUAUACCAGUGUCAAAAAAAGCUCUUGUGGCCGAGGUGGCAAGACAACUCUGUGUGAACAUCACACCUGAUAAUCUGCAUCUUCCAUCUCCUUUAUCGACCAUCGGAGAAUAUGAGGUGCCACUACGUUUACCAAGGUCCAUUCCUUUGCCUGAGGGCAAGCUUAAUUGGACUUUGAAAGUUAAAAUCCGAAGUAAAUAAAUUAGUUAUCUUGUUUAAUCCAAGCUCACAAGGGUAUUGGUUUAUACUGAUAAGUUCAACCAGAGGAUUGUAGAAGUGUAACUCCUUUUUUUGUGUGAAGGAAGUGUAACCCUUUUAUAAACAUAUUCUUUGUCGUUAGCUGAAAUCUCGCAUUGUGUUGUUAGCAUUCCUCUUUUAUAAAAUAUUUCUACCGGUCAAAUAUUUGUUUUGAUAUGAUUUUGAUCAUGUA